UUCACUCCACCCACAUUUCAGAGGGUAUAAAUACGCUGGGCUCUGAACGACGACUAUCCCUCCACUUCUGCAGAGACAGAUUCCAGUUGAACAUUCACGACCAUCCAACUUGUUUUAGAAAGAUGAGCAAAAACUACCUGUCAAAGAACGAUGAGCUCCGUAAGGGUGACUAUCUCAUGUCCAACAACGGACAAUGGAAGGCAGUCUUCCAGGAUGACGGAAACUUUGUCAUCUACGGCUGGAAGUCAACCUGGGCCUCAGAUACCAACGGAUCUGAUGUGACCCGCCUGAUCAUGCAGGCCGACUGCGACCUGGUCAUGUACAACGACAAUAACCAGCCUAAAUGGGCCACCGGCACAUAUAAACAAGGCAACCAUGUUUGCCGUCUUCAUCUAACCGAUGAGGGCGUAUUGCGUUUGCACCAGGAUAACCAGGAAAUGUGGAACUCUACCAUAUCCAAAGGAAACAAAUAAUGCAACAUUGAAUGUGAUCUUAGGGUCAGUCACCAAUGCUUAAAAUAGUUUACUUUUCAUUUAAACACAACAUGACACUGGUUUUAAAGCUGAAAUAAAAACUCUUUUAAAAGCUUAAA